CACACCUUGUGGCCGCACGCGGUCGAGCAUCUUGCGUCUUGCCACGUCCAGCAUGCACCGUCUGGCCCGUGUCGCGCGCGCGGUGACGCCUGCCUUCCGCACCGCGUCCAACCUGGCAUUGCGAUCUUCGGCACCCGCCGCGCGCCUCCUGCCGCUGGCUGCUUUGGCGUUUGUCGCGACCGCGGCGUCGACGGCCAUGAGCGCGCCGAUCGAAUCGUCGCGGGCCAAGCGCGCGGAAGAGCUGUACAACACGCCGACGUACGACCGCCGGGAUUUGCUCUCGCACCUCCAAGCGCAAGCCCACGAGGAUCCGCGGGACGCCGGUGUGCUGUGGCGGCUCGCGCGGGCGGCGUACGACGUGGCGGGCCUUGGCUCGACGGCCGCGGCCGAGAAGAAGGAGCUCACGUACUUGGCGCACGAGACGAUCCAGAAGGCGCUGGCGCUGGCCGACGACGACUUUGCCGUGCAGAAAUGGUCGGGCAUCAUUCUCUCGUCGAUUGGCGACUACGAAGGCACCAAGGUCUCGCUGAGCAACUCGUUCAUCGUCAAGGCCCACUGGGAAAAGGCCAUUGCGCUCAACCCGCGCGACGCGACGUCGCACCACCUCCUCGGGCGCUGGAGCCUCACGAUCGCCGACAUUUCGUGGAUCGAGCGCAAGGUCGCGGCCGCCCUGUUUGGGACGCCGCCCCAAGCCACGUAUGCCGAGGCCCUUGCGCAUUUCCUCGAUGCCGAUACGAUUUCGCCCGGCUUUUGGAAGAAGAACACGUACAUGAUUGCACUCGUCCAGCACAAGAUGGGCCAUGCCGACGAGGCCAAGGCGUGGGUGGUCAAGGCGCUUGCGAUCCCGUCGACGUCCGAGGAAGAUGCGCAAGUGCAUCAAGACGCGCUCGCGCUCCAGGCCAAGCUCGGCUAAGCACCGUCGAGCCUCCGCAAAUGGAAACGAUAUGGAAUACAUGAAUGAAGAAUGGUGCUACGAAG